AUGAUACAGAAUGAACGCAUGACACCAAGUGUUGCAGUAGGAGCACGUUGUUAUAUUCCAGAUCAAGACGCUGCAUGGAUUCCUGUGUGUGUUGAAGAAGUAAAUGAACAAAAGGGACUGGUGACAGUAAGAAUUCAACGUUUACGGAACGAUGACUCAAACGAAGACUCUGUGGAUCAUGACGACACUGACAGGACUGGAGAAAGUCGAGUUGUGGCGAUUGAUGUGGGAUUCCCUUUACAAAAUGCACAGCUUUCGCGCUGUAAUGAAGGUUUGGACAAUAUGAUUGAUUUGAAUCAUUUACACGAAGCUUCGAUUCUCCGGAAUCUUAAAAAGCGCUUUCGUGCACGAAUGCCGUAUACAUACACGGGAGAUAUUUGUUUGGCAGUAAACCCGUAUCAAUGGUUGGAAGAGCAGUAUACACCCGGACUUCACAAAAAGUAUUUUCAAGCGCGAAAGCGACAGGAUCUACCACCUCACGUAUAUGCGGUGUCGGUUGCGGCGUUCAGGCAUAUGUGCGACAAAGGCAGUAAUCAGAGUAUUCUUGUUAGUGGCGAGUCUGGUGCUGGAAAAACUGAGACUACUAAAAUUCUGAUGGACAAUUUAGCAACGAUUGCGCCUGUACUGAACAGCGCUGUAGGUGAUCAAGAGCUUAGCAUCACUACUCGUAUUAUCGAGGUGAACCCGCUACUCGAGAGUUUUGGCAAUGCAAAGACCACUCGUAACGACAAUUCGAGUCGCUUUGGCAAGUUCACGCAGCUCCAGUUUGACAAGAACCAUGCACUGUGUGGUGCUCAGUGCGAAACAUAUUUGCUGGAAAAGACACGUGUCAUAUCCCACGAGCGAGGAGAGCGCAAUUACCAUAUUUUCUACCAGCUUUUGCACGGACUUACGCCUGAUGAGAAGGACGCGCUGGGACUGGGAAACGAGUGUCCAAAGUUUUCGUACUUGGUAGAAAAGGAACCUCAACAACAGUCACGACCUGGACGAAAGCUGAAGCAAAGCUCACCACCGCUGAAAUCGGCUGCUGUUAUAGAAGCCGAGAACUCAAAGGACCGAGCUCUGUUUGCGAAGACACGACAGGCACUAACGCUACUAGGACUUGAACCUGAACAACAACGUGAUUUGUUUCAGGUCCUUUCAGGUAUUCUGCAUCUGGGCGAGGCUCAGUUUGCUGCAAAACCCGACAAUGACGAAGCUUGUGACUUGGAUAAAGACUCGGUAGUCUAUUCGAGUGCACUGCUUGGUUUGAACUCAGACACGAUGGCUACAGCAUUGACUCAUCGUACUGUGAAGGCAGCUGGAGAGGUGUAUCGGGUACCAUUAACAGUGGAUCAAGCUCAUUCUGGACGUAACGCACUUGCUAAGGCUAUUUAUGCAAGUAUUUUUGACUGGCUAGUGGCUGGAAUCAAUGCCAGUUUGGGUGCUGCGGCACGACUCACUGCAAACACGAUUGGUGUUCUUGACAUCUUUGGGUUCGAAAGCUUCGAGCACAAUUCGUUCGAGCAGCUUUGCAUAAACUACGCCAACGAGAAGUUGCAGCAGAAAUUCACUCAAGACGUGUUCAGAGCCGUGCAGGAAGAAUACGAGCGCGAACAGAUUACGUGGGCUCAUAUUUCGUACGCUGACAAUAGCGAUACUCUUGCGCUUAUUGAAGGUCGUAUGGGUGUACUGGCGUUGCUGAACGAAGAGAUCUUGCGCCCUCGAGGUAAUGAGGAAGGAUUUGUAAGCAAGCUUUCAAGCUCGUAUCUCAAGCAGAAGAAGCUGAUUGAGUUUCCACGGAUGUGCAAGUUUCAAUUCGCGAUUCAUCAUUAUGCUGGUACAGUCCAAUACGAUGCCACGGGUUUUUUGGAGAAACACAAGGACGCUUUGCUUUCGGACUUGUCAGAUUUGAUGUGUGGUAGUCACGAGCCGUUUCCACAAAUGCUCUUUAAGGUAAAGGCUGAGGUAGAAGCUGCAGCUGCUGGUAGUUUGAAGCGUUUGACUUCAGGAGGUCGGAAAGUCGGAGGAGCUCGCGGAUGUGCUGGCGGAGUUGGCGCGGACAAGACCGUGGGCAUGCAGUUCAAGCAGUCUCUAAACUCGCUCAUGGGCAACAUUAAUGAAACGAAUGUCAACUACAUUCGAUGUAUCAAGCCAAAUAGCGUCAAGAGCUCGACGGUACUAGAAGACAAGAUGGUGGCGAACCAGUUACGGUGUGCUGGUGUCAUUGAAGCCAUUUGCAUUGCUCGUGCUGGUUAUCCAAACCGAUUGCUGCAUGCUGAGUUUGCAGAGCAGUUUGACAUAUUCCUCAAAGAAAAAGAGCAACAACAGAUCAAAGAAAACGCCGAACAGUAUGCUGGGUCAUUUUGCCGUAUCUUGGUGAAACAGUUCAAGCUCGAGACCCCCGAGGAGUAUCAGAUGGGUGUGACGAAGAUAUACCUGCAAAAGGGUGUACUCGAGAAGCUUGAGCAUGCCAAGGCGCAGAAGCUCUUUGCAUAUGUGGCACUUAUCCAAGCUCGAUGGCGCGGUCUAUGCGCACGCGUUGAAUACUACGAGAUGCGUGACGCAUUGGUCGUGAUCCAGCGACGUAUUAAGAUGUUUGUGGACAGAUGCCGAUUCCUUCGAGUGCGACUCGCGAUUGCCAUGAUUCAGCGAGUGUGGCGUGGACAUGUUGGUCGUUGUGAGUUCCAAGCACUGCUGUGUGAGCACAGCGCGCUUCAGAUUCAGCGUGUUUGGCGCGGACAUCAAGGUCGCAAAACCCACUUUGCUGCUUUGUGCAAUAUCCGUGCAGCGCAGAUUCAGCGCAUGUGGCAUGGUCAUAAGGGACGGCAGAUCUUUUUUGCGGUGUUAUGCAAUAGUCGUGCAGUUCGUCUACAAAGCUUCGCUCGACAAUACCUAGCUCGAAAAGAGCUUAGUAGGCGUCGAACUGAUUACAUCGCUAAACAGGAGGAGGAACGGGAUCGUGCCAAUAGGGAGAUGGAGCUUGCGAAACAACGCGAGCUGCAGGAAGAGCUGGCUAGAUUGGAAGAAGAGCGUCGACUGGAAGAAGAACGCAAGGUUCAAGUUGUCCGCGAAGAGAGUGCGCUGGCUAUCCAACGACACGUCCGCGGAUACUUUGCCCGAUGUUUGUUUGCUGACCUGCUGCAAAAGGCUGAAGAAGAAGAGCUUCGUCGUCGUGAAGAAGACGAGGAGCGAGAGCGGAUCCGCUUGCAGCGCGAACACGAUGAGCGUGAGGCACAACGUCGUGCAGCGGAGGAGGCAGCACGAGAAAAGGAAAGAUUGACAGAGGAACGGAAACGGAAGGCAUUUGCCAUGCGUCGCCGUCGUGAGAACGCAGUCACGGUCAUGCAGCGGGUGGUUCGCGGUUACUUGGCUAGGGUUCGAUUUGCAAAGAUGAAAGAAGCGGUGCGAAUGAAGGCAGAAAAGGAAGCUUAUAGGAAGAAGGAAGCAGCAGCUACGAGCAUGCAGAGUAUUCAGCGCGGCCGGUUGGCUCGGCAGCAGUUCUCCACAUUCAAAAUUGCAAAGGUUGAGCAAGAGAAAGCUUGUGUUCUUAAGGAUCAAGCCGAUAAGAUUGCUCGUGUUUGCGAAGAGCAGAAUGAAGAGAUUUCUCGUGUCCGUGAAGAAAACGCCAAGCUCAAACGACAGUUAUCAGAUCUUCAAAAACAGAACAAGGAGUUGGAGGCUGUGGUGGCCGAGUACCGUUGCAACCGCGAUGUGGUGAAGGCGUCGAAUCAUCUAAAGCAGGUCGAGUUGACGCAGAAGUUGAGCAUGCAUCGCAGUGAGCUGGAUAAUGUGCGUGACGAGUAUUCAAACUUGUGCAGUUUUCUUGGAAAAAGUGGCAGUUCACACCGCUCUACCGAGCCAGAAGAGCUCAACUCGUCCGAUAGCUCAUCAUCUACCUCAGGAGAAGAAGAAUUUGAGAAUUGGAAGGAGGAUCGACCAACGAUUGAUUCUUCCAAUGCCUCCUACUUUGAUGGAGACAGACCUUCAACGGACAUUGCUAAACUGCUUGGUAGCAGCAUGUCACGCACGACACGACUGGCUAGUGCCAUGCAACAGCGUCGUCAAAAGGCGAGUCAGGUGGUGCAACAGCGCAAACAGCAAGCAAGUUCAGUUUUGCAGCACCGUAAGGAGAGAGCGGCUCAACGAAAGGAGCAUAUGACUCAACAAAAGGAGCAAUUCGUACCAAAUGGUAGUACAACCUCCGUUACGAAAGCGAGGAAUUGGGUCACACUGGGUCGGAGCAAGUCAGGAAAGAAAAGCAAGGGGCCUACGACACCAAUUGAUUCUAUUGAGUAA